AUGGCUUCGAGGAUAUUACGAUGGUCGGAGGUGAGAAUCCGUGGUGUUGUGAGUCUGGAGCACAUCGGCAGGCAGUAUUGGAUGGUGGCAUAUAGGGGGUUGAUGUACCAAGCCCUGAGAAAGACGAACAUGGGUUGGGCGUGCAUGGGAACUCUGGAGACUGUUGGAAGGAACUCUGGCCAGGAUGAUGGGCUCCAGACUCACCAGGGUGCUCAUGGUAAUGUAAUCGAACUGACGAAGCAGAACUUGGCUGUCCACAAGUUGAACGUCGUUGUGAGAAUGAACAGGAAGCAGUUCGUCUCAUUGGGUGGGACUGGUUUGGUUGCAAGUUACUCAUGA